AGAGUUCCCCAGUUUUAGCCCGACUUGCUGCGCUGGCGUUUAUGUUUACCUCUACGGAGACUGGUCUGUUCAUUGGCAUAAACCCAUAAUUCAGAAAUAAGAAACUAUUCCGGAAACACAAAUGUAACCUUUCUCCCAUCGCAUCGCAGAACUGGUUUCCGCACAGCCGCAUAAUACUAAUACAGUGUCGAAGAGGUCAAAUGAAUAAGGAGAUCAUGUCACGCGUCGUGAAGAAGAGGCAGGCAGACCCGAAGGUGGUCCAGAACAUCUGGACGGCCAUCGAAGUAAUCCGAAACCAAAAACAGAUCGCAAACAUGGACAGGAUUUCAAAGUAUCUGAGCCGUGUGUUCGGGGUGCACCCCAAAGAGACGGCUCGGCAGCUGGGCCUGGCGGUGAAGGACGGGCUGGUAGUGGAGACCCUGACCGUGGGCUGCAAAGGCUCCAAGGCCGGCAUCGAGCAGGAGGGCUACUGGCUGCCCGGAGAUGAGAUGGAGCAGAUGGCUGAAAGGAGUAAGGACUGGGAGGCGGAGAGCCACGACAUUAAUGAGCUGCACCUCUGCAAGAACUGCUUCUACCUGUCCAACGCCCGGCCCGAUAACUGGUUCUGUUACCCCUGUGUGCCCAACCAUGAGGUGGUGUGGGCCAAGAUGAAGGGCUUUGGUUACUGGCCUGCCAAGAUCCUGCAGAGAGAGGACAACCAGGUGGAUGUGCGCUUCUUCGGACACCAGCACCAGAGGGCCUGGAUCCCCUCGGAUAACAUCCAAGACAUCACAGUAAGCAUACAGCAGCUGCAGGUGAAACGCAGCACUGGCUGGAAGAAGGCGUGUGAGGAGCUAGCCCUGUACCAGCGUUUCUUGCGUGAAGGCCGCCUCUGGAGGGAGAGGGACAGGGACCGGGAGAAGACCAAGGCAGAGGACCGGACAGAAGAGGAACCGGAGUCCAGCAUAUCCUCCACCAGUAACGAGCAGCUCAAGUUAAGCCAAGAACCCAAACCCAAGAAGGCACGGCGGGGGCAGACGGUGGAGACCAAGGAGGAGGAGCCGGAACCAGAGGUGGAGGCUGUCAGUUCCAGCCAGGAGAUUCCCACCUCGCCCCAUCAGCCGGAGAAGUUCUCAGUGUCUACCCAGACACGCAAGGCCAGCACGGCGUCGCCCCGCACGCUACACCGUAGCACCCAGACGACCACCGACAGCAGCUGCCAAAACCGCUGCCACGAGAAGUACACCAAGAUCUUCAACGACGUCAAGGAGAUGAUGAAAGUGGACAACAAGCGCGAGACCGAAAGGGUGGUACGGGAGGCGCUGGAGAAGCUGCGUUCCGAGCUGGAGGAGGAGAAGAGGCAGGCGGUCAACAAGGCUGUGAGCAGCGUUCAGGCCGAGAUGGAGCGCAAGUGCAAGCAGGUGAAGGAGCGCUGCAAGGAGGAGCUGGUGGAGGAGCUGAAGAAGAUGGUGGCCCAGCACAAGACCAUCAUCUCCCAAACCAAGAAGAAGCAGUGGUGCUACAACUGCGAGGAGGAGGCCAUGUACCACUGCUGCUGGAACACCUCCUACUGCUCCAUCAAGUGCCAGCAGGAGCACUGGCACGCCGACCACAAGCGUACCUGCCGCCGGAAGAGGUGAAGGCCCCGCCCAUGCUGCCACUGCCAGCCAAUCACUGUGUAGCAAAAGCCCUCUGGCCUCCAGGUCAUUGGGUCCUUUUUCCACUUCUCCCACCUACCACUUCUUGCCUCCACCAGCGAUUUAACACUCUGUGGACUGGGAACUACGCACAGAGCUGGAAAAUCUCUCUGUCUGCCCCUAUCUGUUUAUUUAAUUUGUCCAAAAGGUUUUUUUUUUUUAUUAUUUUUUAUUUCAAAAAUCAUGAUCCGAUCACAUGAGGGGAAAGACUCGGAUGGAUUUAUUUUUAUUAUUAUUAUUUUUUUUUUUUUACUGAAGUGCUGAUUCUACCUGUGUUGGAGAAUGUGUUAUUUAAGUGUUUAGCUAAAGUCGAGCAUUAACUAAAUACAUUUUAUUACCUGAAUUUUUUAAAUCACGUUUCUUACUGUAAAUGGUAACAACGUCAAACAAACAAAAAAAUUAUCUCGAUGUUGCUCUUAAGUAUAACGAUGAUGGAAAGGCAAAAUACUCACUUUGAUAAAAAAAAAAAAAAGAAAAUAUAUAUAUAAAAAUGUGUAAAAUGCUGAUUAAAAAUCAAAAUGCUUUCAAGACUAACGCAGGUCAUGAGGUAACUAUACUGGUGUGUGUUUGGAUGGGAGCCAGUGGGGGGGAUUUCAGCCCCGUCAGACUAAGAGUCGUCGUUGGGAACAGGGUCUAAGGUCCGACGUUACAUCCGGCGGACAAAAAAAAAAAAAAAAAAAAAAAGACAAAAAUCUUCCUUUGAUGAUUAAUUCAUAUACUUUGUGUUGUCCUUUAAGUACGCUGUAAUUUUUAUGAGUCAAUUUUUGAUUUUCUCUUUGAGCCUAAAAAAGAAAUCCGGGGCGUAGACCUGUUUGGACCUUAAAGGUUUUUAGAAAUGUCAUGGUUUGCACACGCUGUUUGUCGUCCAACAUGAGCAAGUGUUUUUGAAAUGAAAACAAAAAGCCAAAUUCUACGAUGUUGUGCCCGUUUUUACACAAUACCUACGGGAUAGAUAUUUCCUGCUUUAUUUCUUUCUUUUGAUUGGCAUCAGUGACAUUGUUAAAUGUGAUGUGUCUACCAUUAGUCUGGUACAAUAUGAGACUAGUUACAUCUCCUGACUGCUUCUGCUGUACUUUGUGUUCAGAGGCUGUUCUGCUAGCAGUGUCUUUACUACCUGGAACCAAGUGCAUGUGGAUUCAAUGUUUCAAAAUUCAAUUACAAAAAAAAAAAAAAAAAAA